AUGAACAUAUCAUGUAUGUACAGGGCUCUUGCCGUCGUCGUGACGGCAGUGCUUGCUGGUGCGUCUGCCACCGUUACCCCUGAUGUGCACGCUUGUCGUUGUCGAUUCAACGAGCCCUGCUGGCCGUCUAGCGAGUCCUGGAAUCGUCUCAAUACUUCCAUAAAUGGCAACUUAGUUGCAGUGCGGCCGGUGGGCUAUGUAUGCCACGGUGACUCAUUCGACCAGGCCGGCUGUGAUCAGGUAAAGGGGCUGUCAAAUAGCAGCAUAUGGAGAGCUAGUCAACCAGGUGCCCUUCAAUGGACUAAUUGGGAGACUUAUGCACCGAAGAAUGAGACUUGCUAUGUCGAUUCCCCAAAAGAUCUAGUGUGCGGACAGGGGCGAAUUGCUCGCUAUGCUGCGGAAAUCGAGACCCCGGAAGAUGCGCAAGCUACCAUCAAGUUUGCGAGGAAGCAUAAUAUCCGCCUCGUUAUCAAAAACACCGGCCACGACGUGACUGGCAAAUCAAGCGCUCCUGAUUCUUUGCAGAUUGCUACUCAUCGGCUCAAGGAUAUCGAGUACGUGUCUAACUUUGUCCCGCGCGGCGCGAAGGCCCAUCAUUCUCGUGGACCUGCAGUCACCAUGGGUGCAGGAGUAUUGGGGUUAGAGCUGAACUCCGCAGGGGCAGCUGGCAAAUAUCUGGCUGUCACAGGUAUCUGUGGCACAGUUGGCACCGCGGGAGGAUAUAUCCAAGGUGGUGGCGCGUCGGCGCUGAACCGGCUUUUUGGAUUGGCUUCAGACAACGCUCUCCAGUUCACCGUAGUUACAGCGGAGGGAAAACUGGUCGUUGCCAAUGAGUUCCAGAACAAAGAUUUGUUCUGGGCUCUCAGAGGCGGCGGCGGCGGCACCUUUGGGGUAGUCAUGAACGUCACGGUCCGUGUCUAUCCAGAUGUCUCGGCCGUCCAUGCUCUCUUGACCAUCACUCAACCCUCUGGGGGCGAGAAGUUCUGGGAAGCCGCGCACGAGCUCUUGGCUGCGCAGCCUACCCUAGUCGCAGGACUCAGCCACGUCCGAAUCACCGGGUUCCCAAUCAACGUUAAUGACCCGUCCACGGGAACUCUUGUACUGGAAGCGACCCUGUACAACACCACUGUGACCGCAACAGACGAGAUUUUCGCACCGCUGCGUGAAGCCCUCACUAAUGCUGGUAUACCCCAUGAAUACCAGUCCGACCACCUCCCCAGUGUCAGUGCAUACCUAAAGAACCCGCAAUACAUCGACACAGGCGGCGUAGGCACUCUCCACGGCUCGGUCCUGGUAUCAGAAAACUUCUAUCAUGCAACUGACGCACCAUCAAAGUUAGCCGACACCCUCUCCAAGCUACGAGCAGCACCGGGCAGCGUGAUUGAAGUCACCACGUUCGGCGGCGGACAGGUCAAAGCAAACAAGCACAUCGUCGAUAGUGCCGUGCACCCAGCAUGGAGGGAGGCACUAACAGUGAUCGACCUGUUUGUUAACCUGCCGUCCAAUUCCAGUUUCGAGAUGCAGAGGACGGCUCAGAAUAUCCUGACGGGGGAUCAAAUGCCGCUUCUGCUUUCCCUGGAGCCUCGGAUGGCGUCGUAUGUCAAUGGCGCGGAUUCUCAGCAGAAGGAUUUCCAGUGGCGGUUCUGGGGAGACAAUUAUCAGCGGCUGUACGGGAUUAAGCAGGCCUGGGAUAAAGAUGGGCUGUUUAUCUGUACCAUGGGAGUCGGGAGUGAAGAUUGGGACAAAGAGGGGAUGUGUAGGAAGAAGUCCCAGUAA